AGUCAGGAUUCCACGUGCUCCUGGGGACUCUCCCCUCAGUCCCUCUCCCAAACCUUACUCCAAUUCAAUGCCACAUUUUUUUAUUACACUCGAUUACACUCUCUGACCAUUUGUGCCCUCUCUUUUGUUUGCAUCUCUCUCUCUCUCUCUCUCUCUCUCUCUCUCAAGAAAAGCAAAAACUAGUGAAAGGCCCCUUCAGGUUGCCUAAAAAGACCAGUAUCAAGAAAAGAUUUCUAGCUUGGAACUAAAAAGAUUGCUGAAAGAAUCAUCGAUAUAGAUCAUGAUGGAUGGAAUCAUCAAAGGAGGUAUUAGUGGUGGCGGUGGUGGUGGAGGAGGUGGUAGGGUUGGUAUUGGUGAAGAAGAUAUGGGUGAUGGUAUGCAAUGCAGUGACCAUCCUUAUAGAAACAACCCAGGUGGGAUCUGUGCCUUUUGCCUUCAAGAAAAGCUUGGCAAGCUGGUUUCUUCUUCUUUUCCAUUACCUAUUCGUGGCUCUUCUUCUUCCUCUUCUUCUCCUUCUUUUAGAUCUGAUAUUGGUGCUGGUGUUGGUGCUAGCAAUGGUGGUGUUGCUCCUUCACUUUCUCUUUCUGUGCGUCCCACAUCUACAAAAGGUAGAACUGAAGGUGGCAAUAAUAGUCACUAUCAAGAAUACUACACGAGGAGGGUCAGGAUCCCUUUUCUUUUGGCUAAAAAGAAGAAGAAAAUCAUGGUCGCAUCAUCAUCAGAUCGUGAUAUUGUUUUCAAGCGAAGCAAAUCUACUACAACCCCUGGAAGAAACCAUUUCUUGUAUGCUUCUACUUCCACUGAUGAUGGAGAGGAUUUUAGCCCGAGAAGAAGAGGUGGGUUCUGGUCAUUUCUUUAUCUUUCUUCCUCCAAGUCUAGUACUACCAAGAAAACAGAUAAGGUGUCAUCAUUAACAGUAGCAACAUCAGCAUCAGCAUCUGCAUCAACAACAAAUGGGUCUGUGGUGAAGCCGAAGGAAAAGUGCUUGGGGUCUUCUUUGUCCAAGAAAGGAGACAUUGUGGUGGUAGAAGAAGAUGAUAGUCCCAAUAGUCAAGCUACUGCUUCUGCUUCAUCUUUUGAAAGAAAGGUGUCAAGAUCCAGAUCUGUAGGAUGUGGAAGCAGGAGCUUCUCUGGUGACUUCUUCGAGAGAAUCUCAACGGGGUUUGGAGAUUGCACUCUUAGGAGAGUGGAGUCGCAAAGGGAAGGCAAGCCAAAGGUCCCUGCAGCCACCUCUAACAUGAAAGAAAGAGUCAAGUGCGGUGGCAUCUUUGGCGGGUUCAUGAUCACAUCCUCAUCUUCAUCUUCAUCAUCGUCAUCUUAUUGGGUUUCAUCGUCAGCAGAAGACGUGAAUGGGAAACCAGGAGCUGGGGUUGCAGCCGGGCCUCUUGCUCAUGGUAGGAGUAGAAGCUGGGGUUGGGCUUUUGCUAGUCCAAUGAGAGCUUUUAGCAAGCCUUCUUCAAAAGAUGGCAAGAGGGACAUUAGAGAAGCUUCCAAUAAGAACAAUGCUCCAAACUUAAAUGCCAUUCCUUCAUUGUUAGCUGUGAGAGGCUAAAAAGAGAAGAAUCAAGGGCCUGUCGGGUUAUAAUACAAAGUGAGUCUGGCUGGUCAGUUUGGACUAGUUGCAGGAGGAGGAGAAAUGUUUACCAAUACAACAUGUAUUUGACAUUCACAAUCACUCCUUUGAUUUGCUGGAAGGUUUCGUGUUGAAUUUGUAUUCUUUAAUCUCUUUCUAGUGUUUAUUUUGUAUUCUGUAUCUGAUGCAGUGACAAAGAAAUUAAUGUGUUUUUAAUUUCAAA